UGGAAGUUUUAAUCCAACCCAAUCACUGUUAUGCUCUGUUCUGUUAACAAUGGCUUCUCGCUGCUGAUUCAAAGAGAAAGAGAAAGCCAGAAAUAGCCCUCCUCCAUUGAUAAAACUCUUUUCCUCUCUCCAGUUAUUCAAUCAAUGGAAAAUCCAGAGCACCCUCGGAGCAAGAGAACGCUGCGCAGAAACGGCAACUCCAACUCCAACGUAUCAAUGUCCGACGAGACGGCUUCUCCGGCGAGCCAAGCCGAGUCAUGGCACUCCGCCUACCGCUCCGAUUCGCCUUUCCGCUUCUCCGACUCCCUCUCCCCCUCCUUACCGGAAAACGACAAAAACGCCAGAACCCUAGUUCCUUACUCUCCCGGAAAAUCCAAUUUCCCGGCGACUUCUCCCGCCGCCGCACCGAGGAACUGGCUCCCGUGGCCACGCUCGGAGAAGCAACACACGUUCGAGAAUACAGGCGGCGGCGGCGGCGGCGGAGGAGGAGGGAAUGGGAAUCGGAGAGAGAAAUCUGGUACGGAUUCGGCGGGGAAAGGGAAUUCCCCGGUGGUGUUAGGGCUGAAUAGAUUGACGAGAGAGGAACCGAAGAAAGUGGAGGUAGGUGGAGUUGGAUUGGAGGAGGGGUACGGCGGAGAAGGAGAAGCGGACGACGGCGGCGGACGGGCGGCGCUGAGGAAGGCGGCGCUGAUGUUGAGGGCGUUUGAGAUGGUGACUUGCUUGAUCUCGUUUUCAGUUAUGGCGGCCGAUAAGACUCAAGGCUGGAGCGGUGACUCCUACGAUCGCUACAUCGAGUACAGGUAUUGCCUGGGAGUGAAUAUAAUUGGGUUUGUGUAUUCUGGGUUUCAAGCAAUGGAUGGGGCCUGGCAUUUGGGGAAAGGGAGGAGGAGGAGGAAGAGGAGAUGCCAUUUCGAUUUCUCCAUGGAUCAGAUUUUGGCGUACCUUGAGGUGUCGGCGGCGUCUUGUGCAGCGACAAGGGUGACGGACUGGAUAUCCAACUGGGGCAAGGACGAGUUCACGAUGAUGGCUACCGUGUCCAUAGCAAUGUCGUUCCUCGCCUUCAUUGCCUUUGCUUCCAGCUCCAUCAUCUCCGGCUACAAUCUCUGCUCUGCCUAG